AUGCAAGAACCGUGCAGGGCUUCACGACACCCGUCAUGUGAUCCAUAUGCACCAAUCAUAUUUCAGCACCAGCAGCACUUGAAGGGUCAUUCUGCAAAAUUGUUCACUGUGAUCUUGCAUUCUAUCGGUGAACGUGGCAGUAAUUGUGAUCUCUCUUCUGUUCUAGGUAAAUGGUCAGUCUUAACCCCUCAUUUCAAUGGACAUUUGUCUUAUAACAAUAAUUUUUGUGUGCAGUUAAAUACUUGAUCGUAUUGAAGUUAGUUGUUGAUUCUUUCACAGAAAACACCCCAAAACUCGACAUCACGAUGGUGAAAGUAGGAAUUAAUGGGUUAGUGAAAGUGUUGAAUGAGCUUUGCUGCUUCUUUUUUCUGUGUUUCUGUUCUCGUCCAUCAUCAUUUGAUUGUUAAAGGUAACAUAUUCUUGCGUUUUUAUCGUAGAUUUGGACGUAUUGGACGCCUUGUAAUGCGUGCCUCCCAGGAACAUGAAGAAGUACAAGUUGUCGCAGUGAACGAUCCAUUUAUCGAUCUGGAUUACAUGGUUAACAAUAUUUUUAUUAUUGCUUGUGUAAUUCCAUUGAAGAAUAAUUGUAUUUUAUUGUGACUAACAGAACAGGAUUCGUAGGCAGUUUUUUUAAACAACCGGUAAACUAAAUCAAUAUCGUAUUGUUCCAAUAAUGGCGGCCGCUUCCUGAUAGGUCAUGAUACCAUCUUUUGCCGGCAUGAGCUCAUGCGUAAUCGGUUGACGCACAAAAAAUGAACUGUCAGAUCUACGUCUUAAUGAUUUUCAAUUAAUGUAAGUUAUUUUGAGUUUGUGGUUGCACUUUGAUUUAAAAUUUUGUUUCUACUUAUCAGCACACGUGUAAUAUUUUCAGAUAUUUCUCAGAUUUUAGCACUGAUCUCCACAGUUUUUCCAGACUUUCCAUGCAGGUCGUGUAGGUCACAGACAAAAAGCAAAUCGAGACGUACUGAUUCAUGAUAAGUUCAUUAAUUUCUGCUGUUUUGUCAAAAAGGUGUACAUGUUUAAGUACGACUCCACUCAUGGAAGAUUCAAGGGAACUGUUGAGGCAAAAGAUGGCAAGCUUGUCAUAAAUGGCAAAUCAAUCUUUGUCUAUGCAUUGAAAGACCCAAGCGCAAUUCCAUGGAGUGAAAGCGGUGCUGAAUAUGUUGUUGAGUCAACUGGUGUUUUCACAACGACAGAAAAGGCCAGCGCUCACUUGAAGGGCGGGGCCAAAAAGGUCAUCAUUUCAGCCCCCUCAGCUGAUGCUCCCAUGUUUGUGAUGGGAGUGAAUGAGGACAAGUAUGAUCCAAAAUCUAUGACAGUUGUUAGGUAUGUUGAUAGAUUGUGCUUUAUAGAAGUUUUUUUAGUCGUGAUUGUCUUGAACUGAGUACUAUCACUUUUGGUGGGUGGAAGUAGUAAUCAGUUAUUAUUCACUGAAAAUAAUUCCCAGUUCAUAAUUAGCUUAAACUGCCUAGCUAAUGUUUCAUAACCAGCCAACUUUGAACAACUUUGCUUCAUUUGUUUUUAUGCCACAUUGCAUCAUUGUAAUUCAUUGAUGUUUUAAACUUCAGAGAUCAAAUAAUUUUCAUUAAUCCAUCAGCAUCCAUCCCAAUGAAAGAUUCUUUUGAAUUUUCAAUUCUUUGACUGAAGAGCGUGAUAUUGAAUUUAAGAACGAAUUCAAUCAUGAAAAAACCACGUUCAAAAUUUAUUAUGACAUAGCUAGAAUAUUCGCCUAAUCAAAUUCAAUAGCGUGCGCGUGCUUCAUAUUCCCAUUGAGCAUGCUGAUGACGUCAAUAAACUACACCUUGAUUUCUUGUGAGCUUAGCAAUCCUCCCAAGAUGUCUCCUAAGUGCAUCCGUAACUCCACAGUACAGUAUGAAGUGUUAACCAUGUGUUUUAUAAAGAGAACACUUUUGAAUGUGUCAACCAAAAGUAGGGAAAAGCAAGUGUUGUUGUUGUUGUUGUCAUCUCUGCAAACUGUGCAGGCUGUGGCGUGUGCAAGUCACUUUUUUGGAGAGCACUCAAGAGGCUCGAACAACUCUUAUGCCUCUUCUGUGCUCUCCAAGCUUCCCACGUGCUCAAUAUCUCGACAUACACGCACUGACACAUGAACUAAUUUAUUAUUGUUAAUUCUUCUAAGGAACACUUGACCAGUUUUAAUGUAACGUCGUGCGACCUGUGACAUUUUUUUUACCCCUAGCAAUGCAUCAUGCACAACCAACUGCCUUGCUCCUUUAGCCAAAGUCAUAAAUGACAAUUUUGGAAUAGAAGAGGGUUUAAUGACCACGAUCCAUGCUUAUACUGCCACACAGAAGACUGUUGAUGGACCAAGUGGAAAGGUAUGUGCCAAGCAAAGCUUCCAAAAAAAUCUGUAAAAUGAGAGCUACAUGUGUUAACCACAUCAAAAGAGAACUUCAAAACACCCCAUUUUUCUGUAGAUAAGUGUAAAAGGUAGGAACACUUAGUCACAAGAUGCAGUAACAUGUUGUGGCAAUAUGUGAUGUUGCGGGGACAAAUCACUUUUUUCUGAAAAUCUUGUCUCUGCAACAGAAUUUUGCCGCUACAAGAAGUCGCACAUAAUCAAACCAGUGGGCACAAAGAGAUUUGUUGCUGCAAAGUGUCAUGCUGUUUGAUGCCUGACUUGUACACAAGGAGUGUUUUUUUGGGAUGACAUGUCACCUAGUGUGUUCAAACUUUAAUAACUUUUCACCAACCAUUUUGCUAACAAUCCAGUUUAGAUUAUUUGGCAAAUAAAUUCUGGGGUAUGAACCAAGGGUAGUGUUGAAAAAUACAUCAUGUUUGAACUUUGCUCAUUUCCCCUUUUCCUCCAUCCCAGAAAUGGCGUGAUGGCCGCGGAGCUCAUCAGAAUGUAAUUCCAGCAUCUACAGGUGCUGCUAAGGCUGUUGGGAAGGUUAUCCCUGAACUGAAUGGAAAGCUUACUGGUAUGGCAUUCCGUGUUCCUGUUCCAGAUGUCUCUGUGGUGGAUCUUACCUGCAGACUCAAGAAGGGGGUAAGGCGCUGCAUCACUGUAUGUUGAACAGCACUUUUGGCUUUAUUGUGUUGACUACCUACAUGUAGUGUGACACCAGUCAGAAGAUAUUUUCAAUAUUUCAUCAGCCCUCAGUGGCCAAUUCCAAACUUGAAUUACGGUCGAACCUCCAUAUCUAUGUGACCACCUAUUAAAAACGCUAGGGUUUUCCCAGUUAAAGCCUCAGAGGUGGACCCUGUUUUAAACAACCACCUCUGGUAAGCAACUGCUACCACUUUUCGGGGAUGAUGGUUAAAUAAUUUUCCUUUGUUUUUAACCUUUUUAAAGGGACCACUUGAUGUUUUGAUUUAUGUGCUGUGCUACUUAAAGUAUAAAAAGAUCUUCUAGCGACAACUAUAACUACACACAUUGGAACUUAGAAAUUGCGUGCAUUAUUAUAAGUAAAUCUGAUCGGACCUCUUCUCAGAAAAGCCCUCCUGUGGUUUGAUUCUUGUAAGUUAUCGACUGUAAGCGACCACCAAAUCUGCUCAUUGUGGGUGGCCAUUUAAGGGAAGUUCGACUGUAAUAUUAAAUAUAGACGGGAAACGUAACAAAUUUCUGUUCUGAAAUAUUUUGGCUGAAUCACACAGCCUUCAACAGUUGAUUGUACAUGGUUUUGUAGCUGUCACAAGACCUUAGAGCAGCCAUUUGAUGACAGUAUGGUAUUGUAGAUGUUUGUUUGCUCCAUUAACUGUUACGCCCUCAACCAAAAUGUUUGAGGUUACAUUAUAAAAUGGUGGUAGCCUAUAUCCUGCAUUAGCAUUAAACAUCCUAUCUGUCUCACAGUAAACUGAGCAGACAUAAAAGGGACCGUGGCAAAUCCAAGAUGACCUUUAGUAACAAAUGUCUAUAAUUGCACACCAUAAAUUAUCUAGUUGGAAAAAAAUCAUACGGUCUAUGGAAGCUGUGAUAAAAAAAAAAUACGAUCAAACCUCACACAAUGGCCACAAGAAAUUGGUCAGUGUAGAGAGGUGGCCAUCUUAGAAAGGAUUAAACAACAGUCAAUGUAUGGACAGUCUGCCAAAAAAAGUCGCUGUUGUAAAGAGGUGGCCAUUUUAGACAGGGGGGGACCAUAAAAAUAAUAAUGGAGGUUUGACUGUAUUUGAUGCAAAGCCUACAUUAAUACAGGCUUAGAUUGUUAAAAACAAAAUUAAAAAUGAACAUUCAAGCCAUGCAGUGUUUUGCUUAGUGUUCUUUUCCAGUAAUUUCACACCAAUUUCCCAUCGUACUAAUUAACAAAUACCUGUAAGUUACAUCCCAUUUUCUUUUUCAUUCGUUCAUUCUUUCAUUUCUUUUCUGUUGUAGGCAUCAUAUGAUGAAAUUAAGGCAGUGAUGAAGAAAGCAUCAGAAGAUCCAGCACUUAAAAAAUACCUUGGAUACACUGAUGAACAAGUUGUAUCCACUGACUUCAUUAGCAGCACUUAUUCUUCAGUCUUUGAUGCUGCAGCUGGAAUUUCUCUGAAUCCAAAUUUUGUGAAGCUUGUAGCCUGGUAAGCAAAAGCAUGCACCUUAAAAGUCCUUGAAUGUCCUUGAAUUUUCAAAUAAAAAUCCAAGCAAGGCCUUGAAAGAGCUUGAAAAUUGCAGUUGGUGCUGGAAAGUCCUUUCAAUUUUGGUAAUAACUUUAUCCGACCCAGAUUCUCACGUGUUUAAAAGGAACAAACACAGAAAGACCUCCAGGAUAGAAUUGCUCAUGUUGUGAAAGAAUUAAAUAGACUCUAGAAAAGACAUAGUUUCAAGGCUUUUUUUGCACUAAAUGGGGUCCUUAAAAAAUAAAAUGUAAAAUGUGUCCUUGAAAAGUCCUUGAAUUUUUUGCUCAAAACAGUACAUGACUUGAGUUGGGAGCAGUUGUUGUUGGGUGGGGGAUGGGGUGCUCCUUGCUGUAGGGCUCUGAAAGUAAUGAGUCACUUUACUUUAAGUUGUGACGGAGCCUGAGUCAGAGUUGUAUGUAUACAGCUCUCUCGGGAGCUAACAAAUACAGCUGAACUUAAUCUGCUAUGGCAUCGCCAGCAGCAAACACUGUACCACCUCCUUGGUUUUUGAGUGGCGCACCUACUUUGAAGUUGAAUUUUGAGUUCUGCAAUCUUCAACUUUUGAUCCUUAAGAUGAAUGAUUAAUAAUAAGUGCCAUUUACGGUUUAUAUUAAGGGAAGCAUAAAGCAGUUGUUUUUAGGUCAUCUUUGAUUUAACAACCUUUGAACAAUCCUUCUCAAACUCAUUAAUAAUUCAUUAAGAAAAUACAAAGGAAAUUAAUGUUUAAUGAGUGUUUGGAAAUCGGAUGAAACAAUGCUUAGUAUUUGCAUCCUUAAUUUCUCCUUCAAAAAUGAUUUUGUUUGAGAAGAAAUAUCAAACAUUCGACACAGUGUUUAAUCACCAGAUGAAACACCUCAAAGUUCGUCAAAAAUACUCCGCUGCGCGUCGUAUUUUCAACUCUCUUCUCGGUGUUUCAUCUGGUGAUGAAACACUGCAUCUCAUGUUUGAUAUAUUACUUCAAUUACUUGAUCUAGUUAGAGGGUAUGAAGAUACUGCAAAAUCCUGAAUGCAUUUUAAAUUAAUUAAUGUGUUAUGAAGUGUUUGUAUUCAUACUGUCUGACCCUCUAUUAGUAAUAACUUGGUUAAAUUAUUCAUAGGCAAGGUCAGCAAAAUUGUUCUCAAAAUUUUCUGUCUUUUUUCCCAGGUAUGAUAAUGAAUAUGGCUACAGCCACCGUGUUGUGGAUCUUAUCAAGUACCUUGCUGGCAAGGAGUGAACACCUUGUUCCAGGCCCAUCGUAAUUUAAAUUUCUCGAACCACCGUGUUAACGUUAGUUCUGUUUACACCUUUUUCUUUCUUGAUUAUGAUUCUCGAGAUUAAAUGGAAGUUUUUGUAACCAAUUUCUGUGGUCCAAAAGAUUUUCUUACACCUUCGUUGUGGCUCCAGUGUUAAAGCAUUAUUGAUCAGCCUCAGCUGACUCAUCCCUGUUAUUGUGUAAGAAAAUCUUCCAGGACAAUGGGCAGAGUUGCAGAAAAUUUCACUUGAUCUUGAGUUGCAGCCGCUAGCUUAGACUUCCAACCACAGGUUCAGAGGUUCAAAGCUGCCCUGAAGUAAAACAGGGACUCUUCUUAAGAUCAAGGUGCGAUUUAGUAGAAAGUUUGUGCCGGUGGCUUUUAAAGUUACUUAUAUCAGGCCUAAAACAUGCACAGUGUUUGGGCAAUACAAAGGUGUCAAAACAAGAUGUAACUUUAACAUUGUGGUGAAAUCUUUGCGGUGGGCCUCAUCAUCAGUUCAGAAAAUGACUGAAAUCUGACUUAUCAUGUGUGGUGUGUUUGUUGUCUGCUGUUGUUCCCUAGGAAUAGAAAACUGGAUUGGAAAAAGAAAUCCAAAAGAGUGGGAUUGCUCCCGUCCUCUAGCUAACGUUCACUGAGAAGAAAUGUGUUGUCGAUGUUAAGAUAAACUGAGCUGAAAUAAAGCAACUUUCAUCUGAACCAUCAGUCAUAAUUUCUUUAAUGGGUGAUCUAGUAAUACUUUGUCAGCAAAAAAACCUUGGGUACACUUCGGUAAUGAACAUUUGCCCCAAGUGAGACACAAAUGUUAACUUUAAGUUAGGGGAGGGGUAGGUGGACAGUUACCCAGACCUAAACCUAUCCCACAUAUGCCAUCAGCUAAUCCCAGGGGUAGGACCCCGGGCCAACCAUCGGAUUGUAAGUGGCGGUGGAACCUCGAUAUAACGAAGGGCCAAGGGACUGGAAACAUGUGUUCACUUUAACGAGGUUUCGUUACAUCGAGGUUCUUUUCCAUAUAUUUUACUAUCAGAGGGAUAAAGAAAAUCGUUUGUUAUACUGAGGCCUUCGUUAAAUAAUAAUAAUGUGUAUUUCUUAUAUUGCGCAGUCUAGCAUGCGAUAAAGAUAUGAUCGAAUGCGCAUUACAACAGUAAAAUCUUAAAGUAAUAAGUGGCUAAUCCAAAUAAUGAUAUUAAUAAUAAUAAUUUACAAUUUUCGGAAAACAAUAAAAGUAAAAUAUGAGUUAAUAAAGAACUAAUAAAAAG